AUGAGCAAAACAAUAGACUGUGACAAUGUAAAUGGGUCUUGCUCAUGUAUAGCUGGAUGGAGUGGUGCAUCCUGCAAUCAGACUGAUUGUAAUGAUACAUCUGGAGCUUGUUUAUGUAAAGGUGGCUGGAAUGGUACAAACUGUGAAUUAGAUAUAAAUGAAUGUCUAAAUAAAAGCUACUGUCGUGGUAUACAUGAAGAAUGUCACAACUUGCAAGGCACAGCUGAAUGUCAAUGUGAACUAGGAUUUGAGAAUAAAACUGGUUUUUGUCAAGUAUGUAACACAACAUCAUAUGGCUUCUACUGUGGGAACAAGUGUUCUUGUGUCAUGAACAACACAAUAGACUGUAAUGACACAACAGGAUCAUGUCUGUGUGCAUUAGGAUGGACUGGUACAAAAUGUGAUACAGAUAUCAAUGAAUGCUUGAGUACCAGCUACUGUGUCGGUUUACAUGAAAAAUGUAACAAUUUAAAUGGGUCUGCUGAGUGCAAAUGUGUGCCUGGCUAUGAAAAAACGAAUGGAGCUUGUCAAGUAUGCAACAAAACACACUAUGGCUUGGAUUGUUCUUUGAAAUGUGCCUGUGUCAUGGAAAACACCAAAUAUUGUAAUGGAACAUCUGGUGCUUGUUUAUGUUCUCCUGGAUGGAAUGGAACCAAUUGUGAAAAAGAUAUAAAUGAAUGUGAUAAUAAAAAUUAUUGCACUGAAGUACAUGCAAGCUGUUUUAAUUUAAAUGGGUCUGCAGAAUGUAGAUGUGAUAAUGGUUAUCAAAAGCUUUCCAGUGGAAAUCGUCAAGCUUUAUGUCCCAAUUGUACAGAUGUAGAAGUUUGCUUUAAUGAAACAGCUGGUAAAUGGAUCUGUAGACUGAAUGAUUCACGUAUCUAUCCCUAUGGCCUUGUUCAAAAUGACCAAUCAUUGCCAAAAAAUAAAGAACUUGCAUCAGCUAACUUGUACAUAGAAGAUUUCAUCCCUUAUCAGCUAAAGUUAAUUAGCUCUAUAACAGUUAAUGGCCUUAUAAGCUUUGAUGAAGAGUAUUCCAGUUUUAAUCCACAAAAGUUGCCAGUGUUAGACAAAAACUUAAAUCAGCGCAGUCUGUUGGCUGUAUACUGGACUGAUCUUGAUGUUAACGAUAAUGAUAAUUGUGAAGUUUACUAUCAGAUGUAUGACUUGUAUUCUAAUAAAACUUUGGGCAUAGCUGUUUUUACCAAAGCCAAUGCAGAUGUUAUGGCUCUCACAGAAAAUAAAAGCUACAAUGCUACAACAGUAAUUGUGGUUACAUGGGUUAAUAUACCAGCACAUGGAAGUGUGGAUGAGCGUGUCUCAUUCCAAUGUGUCAUAAUAUCAGAUGGUUAUACAACAUAUGCCAUAUACAUCUACAUCCAAGGUGCAAUGAAAUUCAAACCCUUAUCAGCCAGAAAUGUUGAAGUCGGUUGGGCAAAUUUUAGCUUUGAUACCUCACUUACAAGUUACUACAGAUUUGAUACAGUUUUGGGCAACACUGGAAAACCUGGUCUUUGGAUUUUUAAAGUUGGAGAAAAUAAGAAUUUUAAGAUGAUGUGCCGUACAUGGUUUAUCUCUAAUCAAGGAGAACUGCCUACUAUAGAUCUCUGGAACAAAAACCUACUACCUGCCUGCCCUUGUAAUGAAGUUGCUGCCAAAAGUAGCCCAAUCUGUGUUCCUAGCAGUCUAGCCUAUUUGGAUAGAACAUGCUUUGAUCUAUUGCCGUUUUUUGGAGAAUAUGGAAGGAGAUGCUGCUACAAAGCUGAUGAAAGUUCAAGUUUUUUAAAUACAAUCCCACAAGCUGGAAGUCUUCAGAGAUAUAAUUCUUUCAUUUACAAAGAACACGAUCAGUUGGAUGAAGACCCUAAAGACUGGUGUUGUACUAAGUCAAACUUGUGUGACCUGUACUAUACUUUAAGACCAAUUUUCUCAUGCAAUGGGAGUAACUGGGCUAGAGGUUUUUUGUUUGGAGACCCCCACAUAAUAACCAUGGACCAAAGAUCAUUCAUAUUUAAUGGACUGGGAGAAUAUCACUUAGUGCAAAUAAUAGGAACUACAAACCCGCAUUUUAAAUUGCAGGGUAGAACCUGUCGUGCAUUAAACAGUAAUGGCAAUGAAACUCUAGCCACAGUCUGGUGUGCUCUAUCAAUGACGAGUGGUGAUGAAAAUUCACUCAGAGUAGAAAUAAGCCCUUCAAGGAAAAUUAUGAUAAUAUAUGCUAAUAAAAGAGAUUAUACAACAGAAUUCUUAAGUAACCCUAAUCUUUUUACAAAUGAUAAUAAAAUGAUAUUAAGAAAACAAAAUGGAGCUUUAGAAGUGUCUCUUCUAGAAAGUAUUGGGAUCACAGUUACAAUGAUAAAUGAAUUACUAGAAUUUUCCCUCACGCUGGACAAAAAACAUCAAAAAAUGACCACUGGUCUUUUAGGCAAUUUUAAUGGAGACAAAACUGAUGAUUUUAUUUGCCCAAAUGGAACACAACUCUCUGAUGAUUCAAGUGAAAAACAAUUAUAUGAGUACGGAAAGCUAUGGGCAAUAACUCAGAAUGAAAGCUUAUUCCAGUACAGCUAUGGACAAAACACAAGUACUUUUUCUAACCCUAAUUUCACACCAUUAUUUUAUGAUGAACAAAAUCCUACAACAAUAGCAGAAGCUGAAAAGAUUUGUAAUGGUUCAGGAAAUCUUCCUUGUAUUUUUGACUUCAUUGCUACACAGAAUGAAAAAAUUGCUGAAACUUCUUUAAAGUCUUCAGAUCAAUUUGAAAAAGUAUCAGUUAGCACAGCAAACCAAGCCCCAAAUAUUAUUGUCAACACAACACAUGUUAGGGCCACCGUGAAUCAAUCUUUCAGCCUAACUCUAACAGCUUUUGAUCCUGAUGGUCAAGAUGUUACUAUCUUGUUCUCAUCAUCUGAUAGUAAAGGACUGCAUUCAGAAUCAAUAGCAAUCAAUAUUUCUGCAUGUAGUGGAUGUAGUUAUUGUGGUACAUGCGAUGAAGCUAGGCUUAGAGCAACAUUAAAUCCAUAUUUUUACUGGGAAGCAUGCAACUGUAACAUUGGAUUUGCAGGUACAGACUGUGAAAAAGACAAUGAUGGCUGUGCUACCAAUCCUUGCCCCAGCAUGACAGGUUGUGUAGACAUACCAGCUUCAGAAGAACAAGUCACUGGGUUAUCAUACACAUAUGUUGAUGAAUGUAAGAACACCCCACCUUGUGGUGCAAAUGCUAUAUGUAAGAACAAUUAUGGUAGUUUUGUUUGUAACUGCCUAAAAGGCUUCAGAAAAUCUGGAUCACUCAAUUGUGCUGACAUCAACGAAUGCUCAGAGAAAUCACAUGACUGUGAUCAAAUAUGUGUUAACAACUUAGGAAGUUAUGAUUGCAGAUGUUACCCAGGGUUUGCUAGGACUGGUGGCAAAUGUGAACUGACAGAAAAAGAUAUAGAUGAAUGCAAAGAGAAAAUCUGUUCACAAAUUUGUAUCAACACAAACGGAAGUUUCAGUUGUUCAUGCUUCUCUGGAUAUACUCUCAACAAGAAUGAUUUGCGCUCUUGUGACACAUGUCAAGGCAACACCUAUGGUUACAACUGUAGCAAUACAUGCCAGUGUAAAGGACGGGCUGUAAGAUGUGACAAUGUUAAAGGCUGUAUCUGUCAGAGCAAUUGGAAAGGAGAAACAUGUGAAACAGAUGUUGAUGAAUGUGCCAGUAAACCUGAUGUCUGUCCUGCGGAUCAGAAAUGUACAAAUACAGAAGGCUCUUAUACUUGUGACUGUCCUGUGGGUUACGAAGAUAUAAAUGGAACAUGUAUUAAUAUUAAUGAGUGUGAAACAAGAAACACUUGUCCUCAAACAUGCAUUGAUACACCAGGGUCAUUUAUUUGUGAGUGUAGAGAUGGAUUUUUAAAGCUUCCUAAUGGCACAUGUAAAGAUAUUGAUGAAUGUGAAAUUGACAAAUCGGGCUGUGAACAAAAAUGUAUCAAUGUCCCUGGAAGUAGCAACUGUGACUGUUAUCCAGGCUACAGGUUAAAAGAUGACAGGAAGACUUGUGAAAAAGAUGAUGUUGAUCCAUGUGAAAACUUUUACCUUAACUGUAGUCAAGGAUGUACUGUAACUAAUGGAAAAGCACAGUGUUUUUGUGCUAUAGGUUACCAGCUGAGUAAUAACCAGUUUGACUGUCUUGAUAUUGAUGAAUGUGCAACACAGAAACUAUGCAAUGGUAGCUGUAUUAACACUCCAGGGUCAUAUAAUUGUUCUUGUCCAAUUGGAUCUAAACUACAGAAUGAUAAGAAAACAUGUCAAGAAUGUGAUGAAUAUCACUGUGGAGAGAACUGUGCCACAGAAUGUAACUGCAGCACAAGAGGUACAUCAAGAUGUGACCCCACGCAAGGAUGUCAGUGUAAAGCUGGCUGA